AUGUUAACCACUUUGUUUCUUUCUGCCUUGGCCUGGAGCCAGAUCACAAAUGCCCAUGGAACCAUAACCAGAGUAAUUGGCGCAAAUGGUGUUGUUAUGCCAGGACUUACUAUCCUUGAUGGAACACCUCGAUCUUAUACCUCUGCUGCUUCUGGUGCGCAGGUCGAUACCAGCGUGAUCCGUGACCCUGAACUUGGCACGAGUAAAGCCUCCGCACUUGGUCGAACUAGCAAAGGCCCAGUUGACGGGGCCCGCGUCAUCAAGGCAUUUAUGAAGGGUCUCAAGGGCCGGUCCCUUGCUGACACUAUCCUUGGGGGAGGUGAAGAAGGUGUGCAAGACGGGAUCGAAAGCUCCCCAGUUGGUGGCUUGGCCCUAGGAGCUGAGCAUGGGGUCAACGGUCUUCUGGAUGACUUUUUCCAAACCGCAAAAGGUGUCCCAUCUCCUCGCGGAUACAUCGAAGACGGCAUCCAGAAUUCUACUGGAGUUGGCGCCAAGUCUGGGCUGCCAACCAUUGCAUCCGACGGAACUCUUAAGCUGAUUUACCAUCAGGUCAACGAAGACGGUGCUGGUCCUUUGCUCGUCGACAUUGACUUCACUUCAGGCGGGACUGAUCCGAAAGCUUUUAAGUCCGCUGAAGUAGUUCAGAACAUUAUUGGCGUAUUGGGCUUUUCUACUGUAAGCUCGACUGACUUCCCGGUUGUUGUCAAAGUGCCUACUGGUCAGGUUUGCACCGGAAAGGUGGCUGGCGUUUCUGGUGUUUGUAUUGCAAGGGUGCGAAACAGCGCUACUGCUGGCCCCUUUGGUGGCGCUGGUGCGUUCACUCAUAACCCAGAGGCUGCAAAGGGGAAGAAGUCCAGCGCGAAGUUCCGCCAUCGCCAUGUCUGA